AUGGGAAACAGCAUUAAAAAACAAAUAUUUGGGCUAUAUGAGAAAGAUAAAUAUACAAUGGAUUUGAAAUAUAAAGUCAAUGACAAUAACUUAGGAGUUUACAUAGGAAAAGCUUUGAAAAAAUGUCAGUCCCUUGUUAUAUUAAAGCUUUAAAUACUUGGAGCCUAAUUGAUUGAGAAAGAUGCCAUAAUUUCUAGUAAAAAUGAGAACUGCAAUAAAAGGAUUGGGCCAAAAGGAGCUAAAAGUAUAGGAGAAGGAUUAAAAUAUUGCCACAAUCUUAUCAAUUUGAAUAUAACUAUUGGAGAGAAUAAUAAUAUAGGAGCAGUAGGAGCCAUAUCCUUAGGGAACGGUAUAAAAUUUUGCUCUAACCUUAUCGCAUUAUCUAUUACAAUAAAGCAGAAUAAUAAUAUAGGGCGCGAUGGAGCCACUGGUAUUGGUGAUAGCAUUAAGUUUCUCUUUCAUUUGAACUCCCUAUCAAUUGACAUUCAAGAGGAUUUCAUUGGCUCAUUAGGAACCAAAGGAUUACUUGAUUCCUUGAAAAGUGAAAAUAAUAUUUAGUAUCUAUCACUGAAUUUUGGAUAAAAAAAUAAUAUUGGGCCAGAAGGUGCAAAAGAAAUCGCUCUUGUAUUGUAAGCAAGUAAGAGGCUGAGAAUUUUUAAACUUUUUGUUGGAAGAUAAAAUAAAAUUGGUGUUGAUGGUGCUAGAGAAAUUGGGAUGAGAAUUCAAAAUUGUGAGUUUCUUGAAUCGCUUUCUCUAUUUUUAUAGAAUGACAUUUAAAAAGAAGGAAUGAGAUUUCUAUCUUUGGGUAUUCAGUAGAAUAAACACCUUUCUGAAUUAGAAUUUUCAAUCUAGAAAGAGAAAGAUGGAGGCAUUGACUCUGAUUCAUAAUCCCUUUAUGACUUUGGAAGUAAUAUCAAAAAUUUAAAAUAGCUCAGAAAACUAAAGCUAGAGCUAGGAAAUAACUAUUAAAUUGGACCUGGAGGCGUACUUGGCUUAUCGAUAGGACUAAAGAGUAGUAUUUCAAUUUAAAGUGUGUCAAUAGGAAUACACAUUGAUAAUCUAAUUGGUCUUGAGGGCUAUAUAGAUUUAGGGGAAGGACUAAAAUAUUGUAUUAACUUGAAAAAUUUAUGCUUUAGUGUCGAAUGCAAUCCCUAAGAAAUACAGUAUAUAAUUUCUAUGGUGCAACUAUUAUAGAAGUGCAAAAAUUUACAAAAUCUAUCUAUAUUUAUUCUAAACUUAAAGCAAUAGCAAAAAGUUCAGCUAUUGAACAAAAUCUAUAAAAUUGAUCAACUCUUCAACUAUAAAUUAAUAGACAAUUUUGCUCUGCUCUACUGA